AGUUCGCUCCCUUCUCUUUGAUUUCUUUCCAGAUAUCGCAGACAAGAAAAAGGAUUAAUUUGGGACUUACCUGUUCCCAAUCUUGAAAAUCACGAGCUGUGGAAAACAAAUUGAAGAAUAGAAGACAUCCUCUGGCAAUUCUGCAACUAUGUCUAUGAAGAAAGAGGUGGUCAUUCGGCAUGUCUGGGCAGAUAAUUUACAAGCAGAGUUUGAUCUUAUUAGGCAAAUCAUUCCUCACUAUCCUUUUGCUGCAAUGGAUACCGAGUUUCCUGGAGUGAUCUUUCAUCCAAAUGUUGAUAAAAGAUUAUAUCCUCGUCUCCAUCCUGUUCACAACUAUCAACUCAUGAAGGUGAAUGUUGAAGCUUUGAAUAUUAUUCAACUGGGGCUUGUGCUCUCUGAUGCAGAUGGGAAUUUACCCGAUUUUGGAAGCGAUGUAUGCUACAUCUGGGAAUUCAAUUUUCGGGAUUUUGAUGUUGAUAGAGACCGUUGCAAUAUGGAUUCUAUCGAACUCUUAAAGAAUCAAGGAAUAGACUUUCAGAAGAACAAGGAAAAGGGGAUUCACUCUUGCCAUUUUGCUAUUCUGUUUUUAAAUUCUGGACUAGUGUGCAAUUACUCUCAUGUAACUUGGAUUACUUUCCAUGGUGCCUAUGAUUUUGGUUUCCUGAUGCGCAUUUUGAUUGGGAGAGAAUUGCCAAGUGAUAUUGGCACCUUUAUGAGAAUGGUGAGAUUUUACUUUGGUUGGAGGGUUUACGAUGUCAAGUACAUGGCAAGAUUCUGCGAUGGAUUAUAUGGAGGUUUGGAGAAGGUGGCAAAUACAUUGAAGGUGGAGCGGGUGGCUGGGAAGAGCCAUCAAGCCGGAUCAGAUAGUUUACUUACUCUGCAGACAUUCAUAAAGAUGACAAACAUAUUUUUCACAGGAAAGAUAAAGCAAUUGAACAUGUAUAAAGGUGUUUUACAUGGUCUAGAGGUGAUGUAUUGAAGUUGUUCAUAGCCGUGAGUUCCAGGUUCCCAAGAGUGUUGAUCUUCCCCCUUUCCCAGAUUGAGAGUCAAUGUGAUCUUCAAGUCAUCAGGAAUACAAACUCUUCUGUCAUCCCCUAUUUGAAGAAUGACAGUAUCCAGAUCACUCAGCCUCAUCUAUUGGCAACCAAACUACAAAAUGUUGCUUAAUCAAGUGUAUAGUGAAAGAUCCAAAUCAUUUUUCUUCCUUUUCUUGGCAAUCUUUGGUCAAAUUUUUCUUUUGACAGUAAUCCAAUGUGGUAUACUUAAUACUCCUGUCUUCAUCUUUACACUCUUAUAA